AUGGACUAUGUGUACCAGUUAUUCAUGCAGCCCAUGUUCGUCGUGAUGAUCGUUGUCAGCAUGGCAGGUGUAUGUGUCCUUUUGGCAAUGAUGGCCCCGAAGAGACGAUGGGGUCGCGUGGACAGAACUCCAGCGGCCAAUGAGGAUGCUCCGAGAAACAUGAAUGAGGUGCAGUCCAACUUGAAUGCGUGGUUUACGGAACAGAAGAUGACCGCCUCGGUGUCAACUCAGAUGAUGACGAGGCUGGAGCUGCGGAUGCCUAUGCUAGGUCGUACUACCCCGACAACGACGACCUCAAUGGAGAUCUACAUCAUGGAGAAGUUCUACAUCAACAAGGAGAUCUACAUCAUGGAGAAGUUCUACAUCAACAAGGAGAUCUACAUCAUGGAGAAGUUCUACAUCCACAAGGAGAUCUACGACAUGGAGAAGUUCUACAUCCCCAUGGAGAUCUACGACAACCACAAUUUCUACCUCAUGGAGAUCUACGACAAGGACAAGUUCUACAUGGAGGUCUACGACCUGGAGACCUUCAACAACCACAAGGCUAUCCACGACAUCCUUCACAAGAUCCAGAUCCACCGCCGCCUCCGAUGA